AUGCAGUCAACUCAAGUAUGCGAGUUCCAGACAAUCAUCCAGAAGAACCCGGUGCUUGCCUCGACCGGCUGCACUCCGCAAUUCUGCCAGGCAGGAAGGCUGAUUCACUCAGAUGAGCCAAGGGUAGGAGAAAAUCGUCCUCUUGAAGUGGUGAAGCAGGAAGCCUUAGGGUUCUUAUGGCAACUAUGGCAAGAGGGAGUGUAUACAGAAGAGCAGUACACGGCGAGACAUGUGGAGGUUCUCAAGUCCCUUGAAGAAUCAGAGGUCAUUGAGCCGAUGGUAGUGGAUGGUGUAAAGACUGUUGGAAAAACAGCGACGUGGACUCAGACUCCAAAGGAGCUCCUACAUGGAAUCCGACUUGCGUGGAAGAAUUCGCGCAAAUGUAUCAUGAGGUCGCAUUAUAUGGAGCUAGACUUAUGCGACCUUCGGCACAUUACGACUAGCGCUGGGAUGGUCAAGGCCGUCAUUCAGGAGGCAAUUAAAGCGUUCAACAAGGGACAGAUCAGGCCAACAGUCUUCGCCUUUCCUCCACGCUCAACUAGCGGCACAGGUCCAAUGUUCCUGAGCAAACAGUUGCUCAACUUUGCUGGUUACCGACGAGAUGACGGCUCCAUUCUCGGCGACCCCAGUAACGUGGAGCUAACAGAAGACAUCAUCGAGCUGGGGUGGGCACCACCAGAGCCGAGAAGCCAUUGGGAUCUGCUACCCAUAGUUGCUAUGGCAGACAAUGACGCACCUGCAUGGGCUGACGUUCCCGCUGAGCUCCGUGAUUUAGUAGACAUUCGUCAUCCUAGGUUCGAGAAUUUCCAGAAACUUGGUCUCAAGUGGUAUCAGUUUCCUGCCCUCAGUAGGCUGGGAUUUGAUAUUGGUGGAGUGCAGUAUACUGCGACCCCAUUCAUUGGCUGGUAUAUGGAUGCAGAGAUCGGUGUCCGUAAUCUCGCCGAUUCAUUUCGCUACAAUGCUCUACCUGACGUUGCCAAAGCCCUUGGCUUUGAUAUUGAGAACUAUAAGAAGAACCCCGAAUAUGCCGAGAUCGAGGCAAUGGAAGACCUACCGGACUAUGAACAGCUCAUUUGGAUGUCACGGGCACAGGCAGAGCUGAACUAUGCCGUUCGAUGUUCUUUUCUGCAGAAGGGUGUUUCCUGCAUUGGCACUCUGGCUGCCUCCUCAGACUGGACUCGAUUUGAUGACGAGCAUGCUUCGAAGCACGGGUACAGGCUUAAUUCUGACCCGUAUUGGAUAGCGCCUCCACAGGGCUCCAUAGUCCCAGUGUGGCACCGUGGUGGCGCUCCAAACUAUCAGCCAAAACCACUGAUCGCAAGGCAUCGAUUUGAUCCCGUAAAAUCCUGGCGCCGCCGACGGGAUGCUGUCAAGGCUCCUGUAACGCGACUCGUGAAAGUUGGUGAAGACUGGGUCACUGAACAUGUCACGCCAGUACAAAAUAAAUUGUGUAUUGCAAACGGCACCAACGCUCAGAGAAAUGGUGUCGUAGCCAUCUCCAAGAGAAUGGUGCAUAUUUAUUACAGUAGCACAGGAACCAGUGCGUUAAAGCUUGCCGAAAAACUUCGAAGACGAGUGAAAGAGCUCCCAGGUGGCUUCCACGUGGACUUUAACAUUCUCAAUAUGUUGGACCUUCGCAAAAUUAAGUCCUCUGACCCUCUUCUAAUGGUGGUCUCGACGACCGGGGACGGACGGUUCCCUGCCAAUGGCGCUGAAUUUGAAGCAGCAAUGAAGGACAUGGCCAAAGAGUAUAAUGGCGCACUUGCAGUCAAGUACUCGAUUUUGGGAGUUGGAGACAGCGCCUACCCGACGUUCAAUGCAGCUUCUGCCAAACUCCACGAGUUCAUGAAAGCAGUGGGCGGAAUUCCGAUCGCAAAUGGGCUUACAAAAGGCAAUACAGCGGUAGAAGCACUGCCCAUGAAAGCUUUCAAUCGUUGGUGGAGCUUCGUCAAGGAUUUAUUAACUGGGGAAGGUGAGAAUGCAGCCCCAAAUGAAUCAACUGAGGAUGAAUGUUUUGAACACUACAGGAUGCUAGAAACAUUUAAAACGGGCCGGCUACUGAGUAAAGCUCCCGCUGAGACAGGAGAAGGAAGAAUAGCCAUGAUAACCAUGGACCUUGGCGAUAUGGACUACAUCGAGAUGAGUCACCUGAGACUUUUGCCCUACAAUACGCCAGACCAGGUUGGCCGUGCGCUCACGGCUUUGGGAGUCAGCAACGACGACCAGCGUGUACCAUUUAUGGAUCCCACAAUGCCCGAUUUGAGCUACAAAGAAUUCCUGCAACAUUAUGUUGACCUUGAAGGAAAGUUCAAAGACCUUGCGUGGCUGUCUGAAGCCUUUCCAGCAGGUGACAGGUGGGAUACAGAUGGGACAGUGCUUGAAGACUUGGAGCGUUUUCCAGCCCUAAAGCAGGUCUCAAAUGAACUCCGCAUGAAGAUCUGCCUUGAAAUGCCGCUGCUUCGUCCGCGCUCAUUUUCCGUUGCCUCUUCUGCCAAGUAUCUCGGGAAAGGCUUAGUAGAGAUCAUGGUCAGGCUCCACAAGGGCGGGCGCUUCAGCGACAAAUUCCUGUCUGCAAUUUCCCCGGGCGAUUCUAUCGGGUACUCCCCAGUUAGUAUUAUCCCAGGACAAGAUCUUAUUUCCUCCGAGAAACACCUCAUCGCAAUUUGCACUGGAACCGGCUUUGCUCCGAUUCGAAGUUUACUCCAACGGAAGAUACAUAUUCUUAAAGACGCAGAAUCACAGGGCAUGGAGUUCUUGUUCCAAUCGCCCCCUAUUAGCAUUUUCGUCGGCUUCAAGGCUCACGAUGAAGCCUUGUUCGAAGAAACACUUUCUACCGCCGAGCGGUAUGGUCUGGUUGAUAUGAUCUUUCGGGUACCUAGCAACAAGCAGAAAAGACGAGUGCAACACUAUGUCGAGGACAAUAAAGAGAGCGUUCUGGCCAAAAUCAAGGAGGGAUCAAUCUAUGUUUGUGGAGCAAAAGCCAUGGUUAACGAUAUGGCGGCCAAGUUGAGUGAUAUGAUCGGUGCAGAUGUGAGGCAGAAUCUCGGCCGUAGGUAUGUGGAGGAGAUUUUUUAA